AUGUCUCCCGCUGUAAUGAACAACACGACUGAGCCCAACUUGGACAUCAGCUUCCAAGACUACCUCAUCCUCUCAAAGCUCGUCUUCGACUGGGCUGAUAGCUAUGAUACCAAGGACUGGGACCGCCUGCGCAGUAUCAUUGCCCCUACACUCACAGUCGACUACACUAAGAUCGGCCUGAAGAGAUGGGAUGACAUGGCCGCGGAUGACUACAUGGCCAUGAUGUCCCACCCCGGCUUCCUGGGUGACCAGACUAUCAAGACCCAACAUCUGCUUGGACAGACCUGGUGGGAGAAGGUUUCUGACACUGAGGUUAUCGGGCACCAUCAGUUGCGUGCUGCGCACCAGGUCUACGAGACCAGCGAGUUGAAGACCGUCAAGCUACGCGGUCACGGUCACGCCACAAAUGAACACUAUUAUCGGAAGGUCAAUGGUGUCUGGAAAUUUGCCGGGCUCAAGCCUAAUGUGCACUGGAAUGAGUUGCGCUUUGAUGAUGUUUUCAGGGGUCUGGACUACAAGGGUCAUGACUAG